CCGGCGCUCUGGCGUCGCGACGCCGACCCUCGUCGAGGGUGAGUCAGGUCGGUCGUUGCUUGGUGCCCGCGCCUUUCCGUCACGGUACGCGGCACAAUCGCACGGCGUACGUAUAGACGACGCGACGGCGCGAACGCGCGAUCGUCGGUCCCACCAUCUCGCCCUUCGUCCGGACUGCGCCUCCGUUGUACGAUUCGGAAAUCGCGCGCGCCAACCCUUCGCGAUCAAGCGAGGGAGUCUGGACACGCGCCGGCGGCGUGUCGCUUCGAACGACGACGACGAGGACGACGACGAGGGCCGCUAGAUCGCGAAAGACGCGGCGAGAUCCACGCGGGCAGAAGGGAGAGAGAUAGAGAAAAAGAGAGACAAAGAGGAAGAGAGCUACGGCGUCGGGUUCCGCGGCGGCGACUAUGCGCGUCAUCGAUCGCGCGCGCCUCCGCGAUCGGCUGGAGAUGUGAUACCGGAAGUAGGCCAGGCAGGGUUGACCUGCGUGGGCGUGCAGGCGACGUACGGGUUACAUGCGUGCGUGCCGUGCAUAGGCCGCAGGUGUGCCGCGUGGGCCCGCGGGGGGGCUAACAGUCGUAGAGAUGAGCGUCGCCGCGACGAUCUGCCCGUCGCCGGCGUACCCGACGUCAGGGACCAACCCCUGGUGCAGUACCACCGCCGCGCGACUGCUCUGCGUUGUCCUGGUCUCCUCCUGGAUUAUCCUCGAUCAGCCGGCUCUGGGUCUACCGGAUCGCUCGGAGCUGACGACCGCGGGAGACCUAUCCCGUAGGGGCAAGAGCAAAUUUGGCGAUGACUGUCGGGUAGACAUAGAUUGCGGCUUCGAUGGCUCUUAUUGUGAACCGAAGAAGAAAAAGUGCGCUUGCAAGGAAGAAUUUGAGGCUACGAACCAUAUCGACAAGUGCGGACACGCGGCGAAUGUGAACGAGUCCUGUUUUUUCCACGAGCAAUGCGAGGCGCGGGUGAUCCAAACGGAAUGUCGCGACGGCCGAUGCAUCUGUCUUUUCGAGAAGAUCCCGGUGAUCCAGGCGGACGGUGUAAUAACCUGCGUAGCCGAGGUCAAAGAGUCAACCAGCCUCCGGUACAUCGAUCCGGCGAUGAUCGGCAUUCUCGUUGCCAUGGCACUGAUGUUUGUCAUCAUCUGCGUCGUUCUUAGACUCUUCAGCAAGGCCCGCUGGCGAGAGAACCGCACUAUCUUUAAUACACCCAACGCGCGACUGAUGAAUGUUUCGCUGCUGAGAGAGAACAAACUCUUACAUGAGAGACGCGGUUCGAGGGCGAGCGUACGAGCUCCGUCGAGGCAACCCUCGAUGGCGUCCUUGAGGGCCCACUCGCCGAACGCCUCGCAAGGGUCACGCACAGGAUCGCGACGUGGGAGCCACAACAGCAGCGGGAACGGUUCGGGCGCCUCGGUGAAAUCUCCGACUAACAAAUCUCCGAAUCAUACGAACAACGUCACCGAUCCGGUCCAGGAGAACGUCACCGUCGAGAUUCUCGACGCGAAGGCAUAAGCUAGGACCGUCUUAGCACAAAACGAUCCGAUCGACAACACAUUCCCGUUUGUCACUUACUUAGUCCCGCGUAGAUUAACGCGCGGCACUACAUCGUAUAGAUCGCCGUCCGUAAAUAAAUCUUCAACCCGCAUAUAUAAAUUGGCCCGCUUUGGUCUCCAAGUUUCCGUUCAGCGGCUGAGGAACGAAAAUUUCACGUUCGAUAAUGCAAAUAUCAUUGGUAAAUACUUCGCCUAGAUAAAUCGCGACGAAAUACCGACGACUCGAGCCUGACGUCGAGAUCUCGACGAGGUCGAGGUAUAAAUUAUCGGUAAUUGGGAUCGCCUAAGGACCUAUUGCCGCUGCUUUAACAGUAGCAGGAGAACCACACCCGGUUAGAUUAAUUACGAGGAGUCUUUUCAGCGCGUCUCUCUUUUGAUAUAAUUCGAUAGUCCUCUACGUAUCUAAUAUAGAAUAUAAUUGAAUGAUGUUCAUCAGAAUAUUGAUUUUUCUUUAAUUCUCUUAUUUUACCGAUGGGAUGCUAAAUCAGAAAGCCAUCUCAGAAAUAGAAAAGAAACAUAAACAUAGCUUAUUACAAGGUAGACAAGUAAACUCUCAGUAAUGGAAUGCCUAUAUAUUAUGCUGUUUUUAGCAAUAGCAGCUGUGACUAAAACUGAACGAUUAGCGAUCGUAUGACUACAUCAAGUAGUGAAUUAAUUUUUCGUAUUAGCUCGACAAGAUGUUAACGAGCUGUUUUGAGAACAGAGAAUUGUUUAGUAAAAAAGCGAUUCGGUACACAUGAUUCAAUACACUUAAGUUGCGAAAUAUCGUAGAAGAUAUUUCGAGAGAGACUCUAUUCGAGAAGAACGUUACUAAAAAGGAGAAAAAAUAAAUGGUGCGAUAGUACUUGAUGCUGAAAGAGAUGAAAAUUAUCAUAUCUCUUGAUACUGUGACAACAUAAUUCUAUUGCUCGUCCGACUAUUGAUGCGGUUUCUCGCCCGUUCACUUCGUGGUAGCUGUUUCAAUCGUUUGUGAAAUCAAAGCGCGCCGAUACCGUAACGUGACAAUGCACAAUUAUUGCGGCGAUGGACAAUUAUUGAAACACACCUGUAACGCGAACGCCUUUCGGACCAAGCGGUUUUAGCACCGCAUUCGAUCGUUUACCUGGAAUGCAUAUAACGUAUGGAACACACAAUUGGUAACCAUCGUACGCGAUACACGCUCUCAUAUAGAAUAUCCCUCGAGGGAUACAUCGAGAAGAAACAUAUAUGGUAAUACAACACAGUCCGUUAAGGAAGUUAUGAUGAAUAGCGAUUGCAAUUGACUAAAUUGUCGGGUCACAUAUAGCAGCCAGUUCUCAUUAUUAUUAAAAAAUGAAGCAAUGAUAGUUUUCUUCGACUAAUGUCGACCGGUCGGAUUCUCACAGUAUAUAGAUCACAUUAGGGAUUGAAGCGAGGACAAGUCAUUCACAGUGUCGAUGCGAUGAUCGGUACGAUCAGAUGCGCAUGCCUUUUCCCUGAAAGUUUUUUUUCGGUGUGUGACGCGGCGGCGUCGAGACGCGGCAGAGCGACGAUCGCGGGAUCAAUGAUUAAUCCUUUACAUCGAGAGAGCGAUGCUGCGACUCGAUUGGCUCGCGACAAGCCAACGCGAAAGGGACCAGAAAGGAAAGCGCGAUGCACGUUUUUGGAGGUGCGAAAUUGAGGAGCGAGGUGCGUUGCCGAAUUCGCUGAGACGGUGCCAUCACGCGGCGGUGAUUAAGAAUGUAUCUGACGAAUAUUAAGCCACAUACAAUCAAAAGCGUAGCAUUGAAUAAUAAUAAUUGUAUCAAUUAAAUAGAAUUAAUCAGAGCACGAGUAGACAUUUCCUCGAGAUGCGCACAGAUUUCUCAUAGACCGAGAAGAAAGAGAAUGUUUGCGAAUAAGAAUUUUCCCUUACAAUUAGAGAAACGUCUUAAAAUUCAAAAGUUUUUCUUACUUUUCUGUCUCUUUCUAUUUUAGAGAGUUUAUUGUAAUAUCUACAUUAAAUGACAGAUAAAACUAAGAUACAUUAGGAAAAAAAAGAAUUCCUUUUAAAGAAGUGUAUAUUUUAUUUUUUUGCAAGAUAUAUACUAUGUAUUAUUAGAGAAAUCAAAGAAAUUGCAAGAUUCAGAAAGCUCUAAGGAUUUUUAGAAAAACUUUAUUUGAGGAAUGUUAUUCAAAUUUUCCACCUCUUUUGAAAACCUGUAGGUUGCCGUUUUACGGCGCCCGAUAGAAAUCCGUAUGAGGCACUACGUGCAUUUCUAUAUCGAGUUCAACGGCGAAGGAAAAUCGUAGAAUGACCAAUAGACACAUAUAUUUCUAUAGUUUGUUUCAUAUAUGUAUUGCGAUGACGUUUGACGUCUAGAAUCAAUAUUCACCCGACAGAAUCGUCUCUUUUCGCAGCCAAAAAUUUAUCGCUAACGCCGAGCUCGACAGAAAUUAAAUAUGACCGGAAUUCGAAGUCCGACAUUCGUAUAUUGAUAAUAAAUUUGAUUCAUUGAACAGGCAGAUGAAAAUGUACAUCGAGCUCGACGUAACAUCGGCAACGACUAGUGCUCGGAAAUUUACGGCUUUCUCCUCAUUGGUGACAAGAAGCAAGAGAAAGAGGGGUUGAAGUGAUAAAGAAUAUAUAUCUAUUAAAAAAUAUAAUUCUUUAAAGAAAGAGGCAUUAAAAAAUAAAUCUAGUUUGUAGCGGUCCAAAGAGUACGCAUAUAAUCCACAAGAAAUUGUAAGAUUUAGAGUAAGUAUUUUAGGAUCGUAUGGGAACGUUGCUAAUUAUUAAGCUUUGCCGUUCAUUAUCGCUUUUUUCCUCCUACAACUCCUCUCUUCUCUGCGAUAUGCGUCUCAAAUCUUGUCAGAUUUUGCUCACGCGACAUAUCUCGAUCGCUAGAAAAAUGCUUUUAGCUUGCUUCGUUGGAAAAAAAAAUAUAACAAUAUUGUAUCAUUGGUGAAUGUUGCGUGUGCACUUGUCAAGAGUUUAACGGAAAUUCGUUAAACUCUUAUGUCCGGUGUUAGGUGGAAAAGAAUCUCUUUGUGUAGAGUGACCAAAAAAAAGCGCGAUAUUAUAUACAAGUUUCGACACACAAAACACGCGACUUUAUACGAAUAUCUUAUUGUUAAUCGCACAAGAGUACAUCUCGGUAUCUCGAAAGCUUGCAAUGUCCGUAUGCGAUAGAAUUGUGAGGGCAGACGAGCAAUCGUAGCCCAGUACGAUUGUAUCUCAACAAUUUAGUGCCUGCGCUGUCGCGUUUCUAAAGAUAGAUCUAAAUUUAUCGACCAUUUAUUACGAGUACAGAAUAUAUAAAACAUAAACACAUAUAUAUAUAAAUAAAAAAAAAUAUAUAUAUAUACAUUUACAUGCAUACAUACGUAUUGUGCGAGAAAGAAUCUAUAAAAUAUAUUGAUAAAUGCGUGAAUACACGAUUAUUUAUGAAAGCUUGGCACUAUCUGCACUAUCUGUAGAUUACUUCUGUAACGCCUAGCGAUUGUCUCCACUCUGUGAUCCGUGUGCAAUAGCGUAGCUGCGAUUAUCCUCGCGAGCAUUAUCGUGAUUACAUUGUUAUCGUCACUAUUACUGUCACUACUAUUAUUACUGUUAUUAUUAUUAUUAUAUCAUCAUUAUAGUUGCUGUCGCUGUAAUUGUCGCUCGUACGAGGAGCGUCGAGCAAAACGACUCGCUUAGGAUAUUACCCGCCCCGCACCUGACAUCGUCCGCGUUUAAAUUCGUCACUACCGUGACACGCAUCCUACGACCAUCCGGUGGAUUCGCAUCCGCGCGCGGAUCGAAGAGCAAGCAUUAUUAUCACCGAUAUCACCGAUAGUACUUUUCACGCAGCGAUGAGGCCGAGGCACCGUCGCCGCGGGACUCACUAUAAGGGAUAAUGCGUGCGUGCGCGUGUAUGUGUACGUGAGAUGGCCAGAAUAUAAUAGAUAACGGCCAGAAUAUAAUCGUAUUUGCAGAUAAGAAUCUAGCGCGUAAGAUUGGGUGAUUUUAGCCGAUCGAAUCAUUGAAGUCACCGUCGAGAAAUCGGAACGAUCCAGAAACGAAAUUCGGGGAAGGUUUCCGUUCCAGGAUCGCGCGAUUUCGGGACACGACAUUCUUCUUCUAGACUCUACAGUAUUUAUAAAGUCUAAAACGCGAGAGUUAAUGAGCACACUUAUAUACACACGAUCCAUCGAUCGCGCAAAAUGAUCUGCACGAAAUCUGGGUGGAUUUUUCGAGCUUCAGGAUAAUUAUCUAUAUAGGGUAGUUGAGAGACGCUUCGACGAUGCGGAUAUAUUAUAUGAUAUUCUAAGUAUACUUUAAAUCCGAUAUCACUUAUCAAGAGUAUAUUCGCGAGCAAGUUCGCGCACAGACCUUUUUCUCCGCCCUUAAACAAAAGAAAGAAACGAAGAAAAGGAUGAAAAAAAAAGAGAGGGAGCAAAAUGGAACAAGCAGAGUGCCUAUUCUUUAUCACUCGAAGACGCUCGCUCACUUUUGUAAGUCUCUAAUUCUAACAAGUAAGGGAUUAAGUAACACUUUUUGCACACUUUACUCUACUAGAAGCUCGGUGGUAAAAGUAAAACACUUUCUAAUACUAGAUACUUUGUAACGUCGUAAGUUUAAGAUUUUCCUUACUGUUUGACGGAUCGAUUUGUUCGAUGAUAAACGAAUAAUAUGUACGAAUAUUACGUUAUUGAAUAAUAUGUAAUUACGACGUUCUUUUGUCAGAACUAUAAUUUCGUUUUAUACACAGUGUAUCUCACAUACCUAUAAGCAGGUAGUUUCGAUUUUAGUCAUCGGCUCCCAAGCAUUAUUAUUCGCUGAACAAUUUGUAGACGGGAGAAUAGGCUCUAGCGAGUUCAUAGCAUGCAUCUAAAAAGUUUUUUUGCAUCGCGCAUUAUCGCGUGCCAAACCGAUUCACUGCGCUAACAUUAAUCGACGGAUUCGUAACUGCUGAGGCAGUCACGCGAUCUUUUCAACGACCAAAUUAAUCGCAAUGAUGACUGUAGAUUAGAACGGUCGAGAUUUUUUUGAUAUCGUAACGAGGAAUAAAUGAUGGGUGUGAAUAAUACAAAGAGGAACGACGCCGUGAUCCAAAUAUGGGGAAGUGUUUGGAUCAUCGUCCGUUCCCUAAAAAAAAAAAAAUAUUUCACAAAAAGGGUCAAACGCGAAAAAAAUUUCAAACUAUAUGCAAAUAACCUGCUAUUGCUAAUUGACCAAUACAUAGUCGCGAUUAGGGAAAGGCCAUCGACUAUCAUAGAAAAGAUAACGUAUUAGGUUCUAACUAAAUAGGGCUAUAGGGCAUGCAAAAUUUGCAGAAUUUCAGAAUAACAUCUCCCUAUUUGAUAUUGAUUAGUUUCGAUCUAGUAUCUCACGAAUAUGCGUUUAGAGAUCACCAUGUCCCAAAAUUACGAUCACCGUCAAUGAUUCCCGUUCUACGAGGAAACGGCGAUGGAUAAUCAAUGCAUUUGGUACAAAUGACGAUUAUUUCAACGAUGAAUAUGCGAGCGCGAUCGUAUUUUUUAACGACAACCCUCGAGUACAAUGCGAGUAAUUUAAAUUAUAAUUUACCUAACGGAUUUUUUAGUAUCUUCGAACUCAGCACGAAUAUUGUUACCCAAAACCGUACUUCUACUUUACACAGUAAACGUUAAUUGUCGCGCGAUAUAUAUUAUAUCUUAUAAGACGACGAAGUAAGUUGUUUCUUCUUAUAUGUAACCAGCGAUAAGAUUUAAUCUAAGCGCUAAAACUGCUUGCUUUCAAGAGACUAUGCGGUAUAUGGUAUUAAUACUCUAUUAUUAAUUAAGCUUUUGCGGAUUGCUAAAGUUCAUCAUAUUAUAUAUAUCGUAAACUUUAUGCUUGCAUUUAUUAUUAUCCACGAGAUAGAUAGAACCAUUUCUGUCUGUCUUACCGUUGCUCGAGUAGCAGAUCGUCAACGGUACUCACGACACAUUGUGAUCUGAUCAUAGAGUAUAAAUUUUCAAUAAUACGCGUUUAAAAUGACAAAAAGAAAAGAAAAAAAUAUAUAUAAUACAUAUAUAUUGUUUUUGCAUACAUAUAUGCAAUUAAAUAUAUAUCAUAUGUAAUAUUUAAUAUAUAUUUAAUUGCAUCGAUGAUGCGUAGAUCUUUAAUCUAAGCGUAAAUGCUGAUUUAUGUGACGAGUAAGUCUAUGAAUAAGUUCUAUACUAUAACUAAUUACAUUAAUAAUCUAAGGAUAUCUACGUAGUGAUGGUUUUUAGACAGCAACUGAAAUCCCAAGGAACUCUCUGUUGAAAUCGCAUUGUAGGUAUCAUCGAAAAAUUGGUACCAGAGAUAAUUUGAAAGCGCGUCAAGCGCGAUAGCGUCGAUAGUAUGUUUAGAAGACACGGUAUGAGAUUGGGUGCGGGUGAAAUAUACGCGAGUCCCUCUUUCUCCAAUUUUCAGUAUUUUAUAAAGUCCGGUAUGUGCAAAAAUGAAGAUGGAUAUCGUCAAAUUACGUGAUCUACGUCGUAAUUACCUGUACUAACUUUAUUAUAGCGGCUUAGCGUACUUCGUAAUCUUUAUAUCAUACUUUUCAUAUUAUAUAGCUUACGACGAUCAAUAAUUAUAAUCUAAUAUACCAAAAAUGUAUCUAAAACUCAAUUAUAUUCUGAUUCUUCAAAUUCGUUUUAAUAAAAUCUUAAUACACUAUACAAGUCA